UUGCUCAUGGCUCUGCCCUGUAUCCUCCCUCUCGCUCUCAUCACAUGGGGCGUUGCUUGGUCGGCUAUAAAUUUUUGCAAGAAGUUCCAGUGAGCCCCUGCCCUCUUCACUGAAUCCCAAACUACAGUUUCUGUUCCUGUUUGUCCUGCACCUGAUUCUACAGCCAUGAGUGACUUGGAGAAUUGCAUGGAGUUGCUGAUGAAGACAUUCCACAAAUAUGCUGAUGAAGAUGGUGAUGCACAGACCCUAACCAAGAAGGAGCUGAAAAAACUAAUGGAGAACGAGAUGCCAGGCUUCCUGAAAGCCCAAAAGGACCCCAAAACUGUGGAAAAAAUACUAAAAGAUUUGGACACGAACAAAGAUGAUAAGCUGAGUUUUGAAGAGUUUCUACCCCUCGUCGCCGGCAUCUCAAUCUCAUGUGAGAAAUUGUACAUGCUCAGUUGCCAGAAGAAGAAGUCCAAGAAGUGAUGGGCACAUUUUAGAUAGAACAAUGAUGUUGUUAUUUUGAAUUAAGAGAAUUUUGUAGCACAAAUGUGUGCUAAAAUCACAAGUAAAAACUAACUUUGACAAGA